AUGGGGGACUUUAGGCUACUUGCAGAAUUUUUAAGGAAAGCAGGACACAACAAUGUUCUCUUGAAACAAGUUGCUCAUGAGCUGGAUCCUUGUGGGCAGGGGCAAAUUCAAGUUUUAACUAGAGCCAGUUUUCGUCGAAGAAACACGUCUUCUGUUUCUGAUAACUACAUGUCGGUGUCAAACGAAGCCUUGGAAAUUAACAAGAUGAGCAGUAUCAACUGUCUUAUCUUAGCUCUCUUCGUUGCGUUGUCAUUUUCAGGCGGCGAAUCAGCUCGUCAUCUUCUGCAAUUGCCUAAACCAACAAUGCCACCAUUGCCUUCUAUACCAACAUUGCCAACCUUGCCAACAACUCAGCCUUCACUGCCUAAGCCCACUUUGCCUCCACUUCCUAGCCUGCCAACCAUGCCCACUCUACCGAAGGUGACCUUGCCUCCACUUCCAAGCAUGCCCUCAAUCCCAACUACAAUUCCCUCUAUUCCAUUCCUCUCCCCACCACCUGGAAACUAG